AUGUUUGCUCAAAUAUCGGCCGCGUCUUUCAGUCGGACAGCAGCGUUCUUCACGGGAGCUCGCAACCUUGCCGACCGAAAGCGCUUUCGCGUGACGACCACCUCUCGCUACGCUGGAAAUAUGCUCAAUGUCCAGGCGAAGGGCAAAGGUGGUGGGCGGCGGGCUGGGUCGUCUAGUCGUCCGGGUGGGCAGCCCAGCAUGGAACAGUAUCUGCCCCCCAUCGAUCCGGACAACGAACAAUUUGUCAUAUAUGUCAGAUCGAAGAAGGGUUUCAAAGCGUGGUACCCCCUCAAUGUCGUUACAGGUGGUUCAACCGCAAACACACUCGUAAAAGGCCUGGAUAGUGACCUUUCUAGAGAGCUUGCCGUGAAGUCGCUGACCACUAAUAUUGGUCAAGCUAUUUACAAGGAGACUGAACAACUGGAGGAGAUGUGUCGACGAAUGCCAAUGCUUAAGAAUGCGAAAGAGCUCGAAUUCGGAUUCAUGGUCCUGGACAAGAGUAAUCCUUCGAGUAUGUUCAAACCAACCGCUGACAAGGUGUUUGUGAUUCCUGAAGAAGACGAAACUCGAUUGCCAGCUCAAAAAAUGGCUGAAGGCUUUCAAAAUGCAGCAGGCAAAGUGAAAGACUUUUUGGGAGGAAGCUAG